UUUAUGCGCGUCCAGCAGCGUACACUCUCGGGUGGGCGGAUCGUAGCGGUGACAGCGACGCUCGGAGACUCUAGACAAACUGUCAAAAAGGAGACAACUAACGCCAUGGCGGAGUUAGACUUGAGUCUGAGCGAUGCGCUGACGGACAGCGUUCCCCAACCCGGCCCGGAGAACAUGGUGCAGAGGGACUUUGUGGCUGAGUUGGAGGCGGAGCACUUUGACGAUAAGGUCGGCGAGACGGUGGGAAAGACGGACUACAUCCCGCUGCUGGACAACGAUGACACCAGGGCAGACGCGGGUACUGCAAUGGAGAAUGGAAAGCAGGAAGCUCGUGGGGUGCAGAAGCCUGGUAGUAAACUGACCUCGGGGGGACAGACAGCAGCGUCGCACCCGGAGCCGCAGGGAGAGGUGCGGCCACACUUGCUUGACCAGCAGCAGGCCUUGGCUUCAGACUUCUUAUCAGCCUCCGUGGCAAGCUAUUCUAAUCCUCUGGGCUUUCAGACCCGCCCUGCCCAAAAGAUGGAUACUAACCUGAUGGGAGCGUUUUCAGGUUUCUCCCAGCCUGGAGGGAUUGGGAUGAAUGUGGAGGUGGGAGCUGCACCCCUUCAAGCAGAAAAGCCUCCAAGUAUUGCAGAUCCCCAGAAUCUCACACCUCCAGCAGGAUCAGUCGCCCCUAAGGAGCACAGCCCCAUGCUGCCCGAACCACAAGCUCCUCGCAGCCCUUUGGAUGUAUCAGCAGGUGCCUUAGGCUGGCCAGACCAGGCUGGCUGCCUGUCGACAGACCUCCCUUUUACUCCAAGUGUCACCACAGUGAUUGCUCGACAUGCCAGCCAUCUUGCAGCCAGCCCUGAGGACCCACCUGACAGUUGGCCUAGCCGUGAGAGCGCUGCCUAUGCUGGAGGUGAUGAAAGGGACAGGGAUGGAUCAGACCGAAAACAAAAGAAGAAGAAGAAAAGACGACAGAAAGAUGAGGGAUCCUACGAACACCUGGAGAGCAGGGGCCACCCUGAGAUGCAAGCACUGGGAGAAAGCACCCGACCAACAGAGGAGUUCUAUCAUAGGAUUGGCCCACGGAGGGAUAAAGCAGAGGGUGGUUGGGAGGAGCAACUUGGGAAGAGUGGAGGCCGAGGGAAGAAGGGGAAGAGCAGGAAGAAGCUUCCAGAGGAGUGGGGAGUGGCAGAACCAUUUGUUCCUUCAUCUGCCGUGACCUCUAACAUUACAGAGGAGGACAUGAUGGAUCUUGGGAGUUCAACUCUGGACAACCUUGAGGCCUACUUGGCAGAUGAAGAUUCAAGCCAGAGCCCCUGGAAAAAGGAGGUCUACCCAGAUGAAGGCUUGGUACCUUCCCCUCUUUCUCAGGAUCUUUUCUCCCCAGCAGCUGCUCCCAUUAGCCCACUGGUCCUGAACAGUGAGCUGAAAGCCACAGCAGCUCCGUUCACUAUGCCCUCCACCACCAACAGCAAAUCACUCGGUCCCUUCCCCAUGGCCCCUCCAUGUUGUGAUCCAUUUGAUCUCUUGAUGGAAACCGAAAAUGCAAGUCUGGGCAACAGCAAAGAGGCUAUUUCGCCACCUUUUUCUCCAGAGAAUGAAGCAGCAGUUGGUAAUCUGGCAGACAGUGGCAUGUUUGACAACAGCAGUUCUCUCCAGGAAUGUUGUGAGCAAGCCACGCCUGAGGCAGACACCUCAGCCUUCAGCCCUGCCACCCAGACAAGCCCAAAUUGUUCCCCUGAAGGUGAGGUGUUAGCCUCAGCACCACCUCUUUCACCGUCUGAUGCUUCAUGGGUUCUGAACAGCUCAAAUAUGAGCAGCAACAGCGAUUUGUUUAAUUUUGCCGACAUGGGUGUGCUAGGUCAUCCUUUACCCUUAGGCCUAAACUUUGACACCCCAAGCCCAGCACCUCUCCGUUCCCCAAAAACUACGGCACAGGAAUUCCAAGCCAGAGAGCUCAAAGAAGGCAAAUCAACCCAGAAACAAUCCAAGAAACCACGCUCUUCAUCUUCUUCAUCCUCUGUUAAGAGUCCAACUUCCCCAGAAGCUAAAAGGUUCUCUCCAAUGGCAUCGCCUGUCACCAGCCCCUCUUCCCCUCCAUCGGUCCCCCCUCUGGCAGUUCCAGGAUCUGGUCUUAAUCCUGCAGCUAAGCCCUUCUUUCCCAGCUUUGCUGAUCCUAUGGAAGAACCAGCUGUGGCCAAUCAAGAUGUUCCCCUCGUUGAAGUAAAAUCAGACAUGACAGAGAAGACAGAAAAGAAGGAGGAGAAGGUGGAGGACAGUGUGAAGAAGGUGGACCUGUUUGAGCCUGUGGAUAAAGUCGAGCAGAAGAGUGUGAAGGUUGAGUUCACGAGCAGUGAGAGUCCGGUUAAGGUGGAGAAAGAGGUAGAAAAAGACAAAAUGAAGGAGGCAGAGAAACAGGAGGAGAAGGUGGAUGAAAAUCAAAAGGAGGGAGAAAAACAGGCAGAAAAGGUGGAUGAAAAGCAUAAAGAGACAGAAAAACAGGCAGAAAAGGUGGAUGAAAAGCAUAAAGAGACAGAAAAACAGGCAGAAAAGGUGGAUGAAAAGCAUAAAGAGACAGAAAAACAGGCAGAAAAGGUGGAUGAAAAGCAUAAAGAGACAGAAAAACAGGCAGAAAAGGUGGAUGAAAAGCAUAAAGAGACAGAAAAACAGGCAGAAAAGGUGGAUGAAAAGCAUAAAGAGACAGAAAAACAGGCAGAAAAGGUGGAUGAAAAGCAUAAAGAGACAGAAAAACAGGCAGAAAAGGUGGAUGAAAAUCAAAAGGAGGGAGAAAAACAGGCAGAAAAGGUGGAUGAAAAGCAUAAAGAGACAGAAAAACAGGCAGAAAAGGUGGAUGAAAAGCAUGAAGAGACAGAAAAACAGGCAGAAAAGGUGGAUGAAAAGCAUGAAGAGACAGAAAAACAGGCAGAAAAGGUGGAUGAAAAGCAUGAAGAGACAGAAAAACAGGCAGAAAAGGUGGAUGAAAAGCAUAAAGAGACAGAAAAGGAGAUGGAAACAGAGAAAGUGCAGCCUGUGCAACAAAAGCCUGAGAAAGAGGAUAAAGUGAAAGCAGAAGAAUUCUCAGACAAAUCAGAGAUAAAUAAAGUAGAGAAGACAGAGAAAGAAGAAAAAGUGAAGGUUACAGAAAAGCUGGAGGCUGAAGUCGAGAAAGCAGAGAAUGUGGACAAAAUUGCACAAAAUGACAAGUCCAGAGUGUCCAAAGUGGAGGACAAAGCAGACAACAAGACCACAGAGAAGAGCGAGAUCACAGAAAUGAAGGAUGGCAAAGAGCAGCACAUCAACAAAGUGGAAAAGACCCCAGAGCAACAGCCGACAUCCAUCAAGCUCGAGACCAGCUGUGACGAGACGCAGAAGAAGGCCGACACGGAGACAAAGGCCACAGCGGAGCUGGAAGACGCCGAGACAGAAAAGGCUGACGCAGACGAGGCCAAGAAGACGGAGAAAGACGAUGAGGCGGCGAAGCCGUCUGAGAAGCCGCUGGAAAAAACAACACAGGAGGACGAAAAGGAAGAGAAGCCGGACAAAACCCAGGAAGACAAAAAGACGGUUGAGAAGAAAGAUGAAAAGAAGGACAAGGCCGCAAAAGCAGACGGCGACAAGGCGAAGAAACCUACAAAACCUUCAGCUAAUGGAAGCAUUUCAACACCAAGCAAAGACCUGGCAGACAGGAAGACCAAGCCUGCUGCCGGGGCAACCAAACCAAGCGCAGCUGCCAAAACGCGUCCGAGCACUGCAGGUGCCGGUGGUCCGGCUCCAGGCCUGACUAAGCGUCCCGUAUCCUCUGUCACCACCUCCACCCCCCACACUACAGACAAAAAAACAACCACAACUAAAGCACCUUCCACAGCAGCUGCAGGGUCUAAGCGGCCCUCCACCACUUCUGCCAGCCGCCCCAUGUCAUCCUCCACCAGCACGACACGUGAGCUUAAACCCAAGACAACAACAGAGAAGCGCCACCUGGUGACAAAGUCCAGCACUGCUGCCUCAAAUCAAACAGGUUCUGCCACCAGAAACACAUCUGCUGCCACAGCAGCCAGUAAGACCGCUGCACCAGUGCGCACAGCAGGGUCUACUCGCACCACCACCACUGCUGCAGCCAAAAAGCCUCUGGCCUCUAAGACAGACAGCAAACCAGGAGAGGAGAAGAAACCCAGCACUCCGAGGACUUCAACAGCUGACUCAAGCAAGCCUAAGACCACCACCACCCGCAGCACUGCCUCCACCACCACCACCACUGCCUCCCGCACACGAACCACAGCAGCCAAACCAGCAACGCCAUCCUCCACCACAGGCACGGGGCCAGAGAAGAAGCCCCCGGUGCCCCGCGCCCCACGGGCCGCCUCUUCAACCACAGCGACCACCGCUUCCAGGAGCACAGCUCGCCCCGCCACAGCCGCGGCUCCCGAUGUCCGCAACGUUCGCUCCAAGAUCGGCUCUACGGACAACAUGAAGCACCAGCCCGGAGGAGGGAAGGUGCCUCCUUCCUCUCAGAGCAGGGGUUUCACCUCCAAAGAAAGCAGCCAGGGCAAAGUUCAGAUAGUCUCCAAAAAACUGGACUUCAGCCACGUCACAUCUCGCUUGGGCUCCAAGGACAAUAUGAAGCAUGUUCCUGGUGGAGGGAAUGUGCAGAUUCUCAACAAGAAGGUGGAUGUUAGUAAGGUGACGUCAAAGCUGGGCUCCAAGGACAACCUUAAGCACAAGCCUGGAGGCGGCGAUGUGAAGAUCGAGUCCCACAAAGUGAACUUUAGAGAAAAGGCUCAGUCCAAAGUGGGCUCCAUGGACAAUGUGAGCCAUUCACCCGGAGGAGGAAAUGUCAAGGCUGAGGGGGCACAGGAGACAACAGAGGGGAGUGGGGACCCCCUGAGUGGCAGCCCUGCCCCGGCCCCAGGCUCCGAGCCAGGGCAGGCUGGGGGCCCCGCUGCCCUGAAGAAUGGGCUGAAGGAUGGGGCUCCCUGUCAUAGUGAGGGCCUCCAGGAGCCCCAGGCUCUGGACUCACACAUCCCAGAGACAAGCAUCUAAUUCUGCUGUCCCUCUGCCCUCCUCAUUUCAACUCCCCCCCUCAACGUCACCGCCUCCCCCUCUCCCACCUUGUCCUUCCUGUUUUUCUUCUUUGUUCUCUCCCCCUCUCCCUACCUUUCCUCCCCUCCUCCCCCCAACGUUUCUGCUUUAGAUUGAGUCUUUCAAGCUCAACUUCCGCGAGAAUGCUCGCUCUCGCACGGACCACGGCGCUGACAUCGUCACCUGGCUAGCCCCACAGGACAACAACAGUAACAGACCCCACCCACACGGUUCCUCUUAUUCCCUACACACCAACCACCAACAACAACAGCAACAACACCAACCGACAACUCGUAGUGUCUCCCUCAUCGAGUCGCUGGCUUCGGUCGGCUGCAUCAGCUCCCCCUCCGCCCCCUCCUCGCUGCAGCUCCAGGUGGAGGUCCAGGGGGUCGACCGCUGCAGCUCCUUAAAGGGAUCGUGACCUUUGUGACCCCUCUUGAUAUCUCUAACCUGCUAUUGCUACAUUUUGACCCAUCGAGUAGUCCCAUUAUGCUUUUUCUCUCACACUGAUUGUGCGCCGUCACCCUCGCCCUGCUAGAUUUGGCUGAGUGACUGUGGAGACUGUGCUUGGGCCUGGUGAGAAGCGAAGGGGAAACGAGGGCACAUAAGGUUUUCUCACAUUCUGGCUUUUUGCCUGGAUCCUCUUCACCCCACAGCCUGGUGACAGACUGUGCUCUGCAUCACCCCUCCCACAGUAUCGUCCACACCCACAGGCGUCAGCAGCAAAUCACUUCACUCAUCUACUAAACAGCAUGGAAACCCUGCAGAAUCACCGCUGGCUUCUCUUUCCUUUGUGACUCUAGGGGCUGUUUGUUACCUGUUACCUGCUUACUCUCUGCUUCAGUGACAUCAUAGUAACUCAUCUCACCGUCUCCUCCUCUCUCUCUUCAGCAACACUUACCAUAAACGCGCUGACAAACAAAAUAAAGCUAGACAACACGUAGGCUGUUUAACUCUUUAUUCUCUGUGUUUGUGAUGAUGUGUUUGAGUGACACAAAUCGUGUAAAAAUGAGCUUUGGUGUUCUGCUCAUUUUAUUUCUUGCAUUUUUCUUUUUUCCUUUCCUUCUUCAUUGAUUUUAAAACAAAGUUGUAUUUAUUUAUUGUAUGUGUCUUCCUGCAUAAGCAAUACAACGGGCAGUCGUUUUUUUUGUCUGAUCAGAAAAUCUUGGAAACACGCACAGGUUUUUCUAAACCAAGACACACAGUGAUGAAAGAGGGAGAGAGGAAGUUGAAAAAGCAGGCGUGGCUAGAAGCGUGAAAAGGGUUGUUUUUUUAUUAAUGGAAAAAUUACAAGAAGCCUGUAACCUGAACGUUUCUGAAACGUAAUAGAGGAAGAUGAAGUUCAGUGUGCAGCCCAAAUGUAGAUGAGGAAAUAUGUCUGAAGUCGAAGGAGCUGUGUGUAUCGUAUGUGCCUCCUGUCAUUUUAAAGUACAGCGAAUGAGGCUGACCCAGGCUCAGACCUAAAACUGCUCAGAGGAAGUGAAAGGAAAUGCCAGGAGAAACCUGGUGCUGCUGUUAAAAGGAAAUCCUGUAAGUGACCCUUUCCUGAUAGUGCUUCUUGUCCCAUUCAGGUGUUUCUAUGAGGAUCAUCGUAGCAUGUUGUUUGGCAUUUGGCUAAAGCUUCAGCUGACACUCCAACAGUGUGUCCUCCUGUUGGAACAGCAGCGGGGGACGAUGUGGUUUAUCCUCUUCUAUUGUAGCAAUGUAAUCAAAUGUUGCCUUUGUAAUGCAUGGCCAGAUAAUAUGACUCCAGGUUAAAGGCUGACGUCCAUUAUGAACGUGUUGUGGUUUGGUCAAUUUAUGUGUCGAGCUUAGCCGAUUUAUUUUUUAAAGGAAAAGAGAGGAAGAACCAGUUUGUAGUCUUUGUUUCCCCUUUUUAAAAUCAUGAUUGAAUUUCACAGCCGACCACAGAUUUGAAUGCACCAACUCCGUGGCUCAAACACACACAGGUCGGCCAUUAUCAGGAUUUAAAGAGGGUUUCUUUUGUUUGGUUGUUUGCUCUUUUUUGGCUUUGUCAAACUGAUUCUGUCAGCAGUCAUUACAGUAAUAUAACAAGGGCUGGGUAUCAUCUGAAACUGAUACCAUACAUCUAACUGACUGGCAAAUGAAAAUAUGAUAGAUCAAAACAUUAUCUCAUAAAGUUAGAAUGGGGAACGUGUUAGCAAACGUAGUACGUCUAACUUCAAUAACAGAACAGCAUUUUCUUUUUAUCUCCGUCUCAACCAACUCUUUAGCUGCUACAUGCUACAGUUAACAGCUAGCUUUUUUCACCAGUCGGCUGCUAACUGUACUUGCCUCCCAUCUGGUGCUUUUUUUUUUUUUUAAACUGCAAACAGCUGCCUGCUGUUGUGUCUGAAAACAGGGUUUAUGAGAGUGAAGUAAAACAGCAAAGUUCCAAAUUAUAAAACCAAAACAAUGCGUUGAAAGAAGCUAACAAGCUUCUGGUAGCUAGCAGUAGCUACCAUGUUUGAAAAUGUUACCUCACUAGCAUGAGAGGUUUGUUUGUAAUUUUCUGUUGAUAUCACAAUAAGAAAUAGUACUGUUAAUCCUUUUGGCCACAAUAAUCCUGUAAAGAGCUAACGUUGUGAUGCCCGAGGUGAAACUCAUCUUGUAACUGCCAAAAUGUUUGAGGUAUACCCGACAGUUUUCUGAAGAACAGUACUUAUGUUUGAACUACUCACACAGCUGUUUCCAGUCUCUGUGUUUGCAAAGUCAGUGUUUUUGUCAAAUGUAGCAAAAUUCCCAAAAAGCAAAAUGCAAAUUCAGCUUCAUUAGGCUCUUCCUAGCAAUAGCAUCCAACUACAGAAACACAGAGGUUUUCAGUGCAAGCUGACACUAAAUUCAGUGAUUUGUAGAAAAGCUCUGAUGACAUUAAUUAGCACCUUAAAGCUUGAGUGUAUCAGCGAGGGUUGACUGUUAUGGAGUGGAAAUAAUGAGGAAUAAGUGAUCCUUCAUUCUGAGUGAGCUUUUGCACGGCGACAUAAACAGAGCAGUAGUGUGAAUGCCCAUGCCCUCUCUCUUCUUCUUCAGCUGUUAAUUGAUUUAGUCAUUGCUAAUUUUUAACAGAAGUACGGGGACGGGAAGUCAACCAGUGUCUUUGGAAUUGUCUUUGGGAAUAUUUCACUUGCAGAUGGUGGCGCGUUAAUAAAAGCUGUCAUCAAGCAGUUGAAUUGCUUUGUUUGCGCUGCUGUCUUCUAGCAAAAAGCUUCCUUGUGCCUGUCCCAACUUCUUCUAGCUUUGCUUUUCUCCCAGAGUUUCUACUUACCGCUACACGGGUGUACAGAUGUGCUCUGUAGUCCUCUUCAUGGCCCCUAAAAUAUAAGAAGUAAACAAAGUAGAUACCAAGCAGGGUUGGUUGGUGGGGAGUUUUCCAAGUACCCUUAAGGAAGCAUCAUAACUAUUAUGGCUGUUAUUCAGAUUAUAAGAACUGCAAAAAUAAAAAGGUCUCCCUGUUUUUAUUGAAAUGGGCCACCUAAGUAAAGAAUGUCUUUUGAGAUAUAAGUGCAGUAAAGAUAUAACAUAUGCGCUCCUGCAGCUCUGUGGGGGUCGUGCUCGUCUGAUUGGAGGGUGUAAAAUAUCAAAUUUUUCACAGCCGCUUUUACAGCCUGCAUCUCGCCCAGAAUUGAGACUCCCAAUGCAGCACUUCUUCAAGUCUUUCAAAUAUUAUAGCAGAUGAUUUUACUUGGAGUUGUGGCAGCAGCUCGAUUUAGAAACAUUGAACAGGAAACGUAUAUAUGCUUAAUUAUUUAAUUAACUGCAGCCUUUUUAACAAAAUGUAUAGUGCACGCACAUGUAUGUCUGCACACUAUGAAAUAAGCCCAGUCCUAAGAGAUGAGAAGCAUUUCUGUAAGGAUACAGUGACCUCUGCAGGUUCAUAUAAUAAAAGAAUAAAGCUAAAUGGGAAUGAAGCUAAUACACCUGAAUCACAGGCCACUGCAUAACAGUGGGCACAGAGGUCCACAUACAGGCCUGUCAUUUGGACAUUCUGCAUAUCAAAGCCUCCGUUAUGGCACUCAGAGGGCAGAGACCCCAAAACUUUCUUAUUUGAGGCUGAGAAAAUGAACCGUAGCUAACAUUUUGGCUUAUCUAAUAAAAGCUCCUCUGAAAUCUGUCCAAGGAGCCUCGUAGUGCUUGAUCGAAUGCUGCCACACUCACACUCGACAUGCAAGUGUAACACUAGCUAACGAACACCUACUGUACCUGCAGAGCAUGCUGAAAAACUAUGGGAUGUGUUAGGUAGACUUACUCUGUCAUUUGAAGAACCUCCUUGUUUUUGUUUUGUUUUUUGCGUGUGUGUGUUUGUUUUUCAUAAUUUGAAUUUUAUUUUUCGGUUUGGAAAAAAUUUUAUUGUGAUUACUUGUUAAUUAGUGAUGUGAUAAUUAAACAAAUAAAUUGGACUAAAACUCACAUUUGAUUUGA